CAAGAUGGUGGCGCGCAGGAGGAAGCGUGGGGCGCAGGGCUCCGAGCAGGGGAUUCCGAGCCCGCCCGGGUAUUCAGCCAUCCCGAUCAAGUUCUCGGAAAAGCAGCAGGCUUCUCACUACCUCUAUGUGAGAGAACACAGAGUUCGAGAAGGCACCAAGUCUUCCUGGCCUCAGAAGCGGACCCUUUUUGUCCUCAACGUGCCCCCAUACUGCACAGAGGAGUGCCUGGCCCGCCUCCUCUCUCCCUGCGGCCCCGUCCAGUCUGUGGAGUUACAGGAGAAGCCGGACCUUGCUGACCGCUCAGAGGAACCAAAGUCCAAGUUUUUUCACCCCACGCCCGUUCGGGGGUUCCAGGUAGCCUACGUGGUGUUCCAGAAGCCAGGUGGGGUGUCGGCUGCCUUAGCCCUGAAGGGCCCUUUGCUGGUCUCGACAGACAGUCACCCUGUGAAGAGCGGCGUUCACAGUCAGUACCGCGGCGAUGUCGGGCACCUCCGUCCCGGGCCCUGGCUGCCCGGGGGCCUGGGGGAGAGGGUGCUGGCCCUGGCCCUGGCCCCGGCCUCGGCAGGGGGACGAGCUCUGCAGCAGGUGUCUGAGUGCUGCAGCGGGGAGUGUUUGGGAGAGGUGCCCCGGGGGCUCCUGACACCCCCAAAGCCACCUUCCUUCACCUUGGGUCUGUGGGAUCUAGCCCAGCUGCGCAAGAAGUUUGAGGAGGACAAGCAGAGGAUUGAACUGAUGCGGGCCCAGCGCAAAUUCCGACCCUACUGA